AGGAGAGAGAGAGAUAGAAAGAGAGAGAGGUGAGGAGGAGAGAGGGAGAGGGAAGGAGAGAGAGAGAGAGAGGGAGAAGGGGGGGCAUGGUAGUGGUUGAUCAGAAAGGGGGCGGAGCAAAGAAGCAUGGCGCGCUUGUGUGCAUUUGUGUGUGCAUGUCUUUGUGCGUGUUCCUGGGUGCGCGUGCAUAGAUAGAAUUCCGGCUGGACAAUAGGGGGAGUGGUUGUUUGAGCGAGGAAGGGAAGGCACGCGUCUCAGCGGGAUGGCGACGGGAAGGAAUCCAUAAACAAAGAGGGGGGAAAGAAAGGGAGGGAGGGAAGGAGGAGGAGGAGGAGGAGAGGGAGCACUGGUACCAGAAGUGAUGGUGAGAGAGGAACGCGGAGCGGCGUAAUAAAGGAGGAGAGAGCGACCAGAGCCGCGCAUUGAGUGGAGACAACGAGGCUGAACCAGCAUUGCGGCCGAUAGGCGCCAGGGGAGGAGGAGGCAGAAGGCAGGAUAAGGUCUUUGUUGACCUCCCUGCAGCCAUCCUUCUGGUGCCCCAAGCUGCUCCUUCACGGCUGGGAGCCAUGCCCGUCGGCUCAGCGUGCACGGGUCUCCAUGAAACCCUGGCUCUGCUCACCUCUCAGCUCCACCCCGACGCAAACCCCGACCAGGACCUGCUCUUCCUCCAGGACGUGUUCUCGGAGAGAAGCAUUGCUUACCUCAUGAAGAUUCAUGGUAAGCUGAAGCUGUAUGAGAAGCAAAGCCCGGUGCCGGUCCUCCACAAUGCCUCCUGUCUGGUGGAGGACCUGGCGGACGAGCUGCACUGCGGACCCAUGGAGAGUGAUGAGAGAGAGCUGCUCUACCUUCUGAACACACCCCACCUUAAGGCGGUCCUGGCCGCCCAUGACACGGUGGCCCAGAAGAGCUUCGACCCGGUGCUGCCCCCGCUGCCCGAGGACCUGGAGGAGGAGCUGGAGGAGGAGUCGGUGAAGAUCGUCCGUCUGGUGAAGAACAAGGAGCCCCUGGGAGCUACGAUACGGAGGGACGAGGUGACGGGCGCAGUCAUCGUGGCACGCAUCAUGAGGGGAGGGGCUGCCGACCGCAGCGGUCUGGUUCAUGUCGGAGAUGAGCUUAGGGAGGUCAAUGGCAAUCUGAUUAUCCACAAACGGCCGGAUGAAAUCAGUCAGAUUCUGUCUCAGUCCCAGGGGUCUAUCACCCUCAAGAUCAUUCCGGCUACCACAGAAGAAGACAAACUGAAAGAGAGUCGGGUGUACCUGCGGGCUCUGUUUGACUACACCCCCUUCGAGGACAAGGCCACGCCCUGCCAGGAGGCGGGACUUCCUUUCAGACGAGGGGACGUCCUGCAGGUGGUGAGCCAGGACGACGCCAUCUGGUGGCAGGCCAAGAAGGUGGGCGACCCCAGCCUGCGGGCCGCCCUGGUCCCCUCGGCCCAGUUCCAGGAGCGGCGGCUGAGGUACAGGAGGAAGAUGGGCACCUACCCGACGGCCGUCUCCCCAAAGAUAGCCCCAUGUAAUAAUAAUAUAAAUCAGGAAGACUGUGAUAGUGACCGGGGUCAGGACAUAGUUUCUCCCACCAAUAAGGCCUCCGUCUCCUGCGGCAAUGCCUUCUCAUGGGAUUUUUACUCAGCCGGCCUGCGGAGGAGCUUCCAUCUCAAGAGGGACCGACAGGGGGGCUCCCCGGUAGACCCCCGCUCGCCCGAUGCCCACACAGACUUCCUGAUCUACGAGGAAGUGACGCGGUACCAGCCGCGGCGCGGGGAACGGGCGCGGCUCAUCGUGCUAAUCGGAUCCCUCGGGGCCCGGAUCAAUGAGCUCAAGCAGAAGGUUAUAGCGGAGAACCCCAGACAUUACGGUCUGGCUGUGCCUCACACAACGCGGGCGAGGAAGAGCCAGGAGCGGGAGGGCGUAGAGUACCACUUCAUCACCAAGGCCGCCUUCGAGCUCGACGUGCAGAACAGCAAGUUCAUCGAGUUUGGCGAGUACAAGGACAACCUUUACGGCACCAGCCUGGAAUCCAUCCGCAGCGUGCUGGACCGCAGCAAAGUUUGCCUGGUGGACGUGCAUGCCGAAGCGCUGAAAAGCCUUCGCACGGCCGAGUUCAGGCCCUAUGUGGUGUUUGUGAGGCCGCGGGUUCCCAGCAGCCACUGCAGGCGUCUGGGCUCCACCUCCUCGCUAAGCACCACCAUCACGGAGGAGGACCUGGAGGAGAUGAGGCAGUCGGCUGAGCAGAUGGAUGAUCUCCACGGCCACUGGGUGGACUACGUCCUGGUGAAGGAGGAGCCCGCCGGGGCCUUACUGGAGCUGCAGGGCCUGCUGGAGCGGGUAGCGACCGAGCCCCACUGGGUCCCCGUCUCCUGGGUCAGGACCUAGACCUGGGAGGGGGGACCGAGCCCCACUGGGUCCCCGUCUCCUGGGUCCGAAACAAGACCGGGGGACCGGAACUGGACUGCAGCAGGACUAUUGAGACCAAGUAGGGCAGUGGGGGGGCUUGAAGUUAAGGUACUGCUGGAUCUACAUCAUUACCAUCGUAGCCUGCGCAAUCUUUACAACUAAAGCCCAGUUCACACCAAAGAUUCACCUUGCAACGACUUGCAACGGUGUGAACGGGUCGUUCCAAGGAGUUGCAAGGCGUCGCAAGGAGUCGCCAGAGAUUAGAACGCGGCGAUUUAACUAUUUCUCUUCAGCCAAUCACAGCACAGAACAACUUGUACGUCACGGCUUUACUCCGUCCCGGUACCGUACUGUCCACUCCACCAUCCGAAGAUGGCAGACUUCUGGUCCGAGGAGAGGGAGGGGAAUUGAAUUCGCUUGCUGGAGGAGCAAGCCGUCCUUUACGACGUUGGCAGAAAGGGGUAUAGCAACAGGGACAGCAAGAAGAAAGCAUGUUGCGAAAUUGCGGUGGCACUUGGUGUGGUGUUUUAAAGCGUCUUAGAGUAGGCCUACCAUAUUAAGCGCUAUAUAAAUUUCAUUUAUUAUUAUU